GUGUUGCACUGAAGAAGUUUCGAUUACGGACAUGUACGGAUCCAGGACGCCUGGAAGGAGUGACCUGGAGUAUAGACUGAAACACCUCCGAGAGUGCACGAAGCGAACUUUAGAUUGGACUUUCACGAGGAUUAUUAUUGUUAUUUCUACCACUUCCAGUGCGACAGUUCGAGAGCUUUCAGCAUUUGUUAUGCACACCGAGACUUGUUUUGGAAUUACAAGAUGUACUUCAUUCAUUCCUCUUCAGAAAGUUUAUCAAAGUCUAAGGCUAUAUGAAAGAGGAUACAUCGAGUCCUGAGCAUCUGACAGGAUAUGAGUGGUAACAGCAAGUGAUUGUUUAUAGUUUUGAUUAAAUUGGUUGAUUCAUUGACAUCUCAUUCACACAGAUCAAUCAUUUGAGAUCGUUUUGCGGCACAUAAAUUAAACUGAGCGGUUGAAAGAGAAAUUAAUCAUUCAUUCCAAUGCUUUACACCAGUUGCCCCUUUAACCAGCGUGGAACUUUUUAAAAUCUUUGAGUCUUGAUCAUGCCAGUGAGAAAGAAAGAUGCGCACAGAGUGCUGCAACUUCUGGAAGAAUACAGAGCUAAACUCAGUCAAACUGAGGACCGUCAUCUCAGGCUCUCCAUUGAGAGAGUCAUCAACAUAUUUGAGAGUACACUCUUCCAGGCUCUAAUAGAUAUCCAGGAAUUUUAUGAAGUGAGCCUGCAGGAUAAUGAGGAUAAGCCCAAAGAGCCUUCAAACCUCAAAACAGGACAACCCUUUCCUCCUGUUAAUGAAUGGAAUCUCUCUGGCCCUCCAAGCACCACUGUACCAUCAGAAACUGUGCUUAGCAGCCAUUCUCCUGUUGAAGAGAAAUACAGAUAUCAGGAUGAGGAUACCACAUCGCCUCCAGAACACAACUCUCCUCACAUGCCCGGGGAUAUGCGUCCUCCUGAGCUGGUGCAGGUGUCAGAGAAGAACAUCUCACAGAUUGAGAAUGUACAUGGCUAUGUCUCCCAUUCACACAUCUCUCCUAUGAAGGUAGAGUCUCUGGAGUGUGUUUUUGAUGGGCCAUCGACAUUAGGAAAUGAGGAGGUCCCAGCCCCUGCCUUCAGCACACUUUACUUGCACACUUGUGACGCAAUGAUGCAGGCAAGCCCAGCACCGGUGGUGGUGAACACAGAAAGCCUUGACAGCUCACCAUAUGUGAAUGGAACAGGAGCUGAUUAUGAAUAUGAAGAAAUUACACUUGAACGGGGGAACUCGGGCCUGGGUUUCAGUAUUGCAGGCGGUACAGAUAACCCCCACAUCGGCGAGGACCCAAGCAUUUUUAUCACCAAGAUUAUUCCUGGAGGAGCUGCUGCACAGGACGGCAGACUCGGAGUUAAUGACUGUAUACUGCGGGUAAAUGAUGUAGACGUGAGAGACGUAACUCACAGUAAUGCUGUAGAGGCACUGAAGGAGGCAGGCUGCAUUGUCAGACUGUAUGUCAGAAGAAGAAAAGCCGUCACAGAAAAAAUAGUGGAUGUUAAACUGGUAAAAGGUGCUAAAGGUCUAGGUUUCAGUAUAGCCGGAGGUGUUGGAAACCAACAUAUUCCUGGGGACAACAGUAUUUAUAUUACCAAAAUCAUUGAGGGAGGAACGGCCCAUAAAGAUGGAAGGCUACAGAUUGGGGAUAAACUUCUUGCUGUGAAUGCUGUUUGCCUUGAAGAGGUGACUCAUGAAGAUGCCGUGACUGCCUUGAAAAACACCCCUGAUGUCGUCUAUUUAAAAGUGGCGAAACCCACCAGUGUCUUUAUGAAUGAUAGUUACGCUCCUCCCGAUGUCACCAGCUCUUAUUCCCAGCACAUGGAAAACCAUAUAAGCACCCAAAGUUAUCUGAGUCAGCCAUUAACCCCCACCACCCCAUCACGCUACUCUCCUAUCGCAAAAGGCAUGCUGGGAGAGGAUGAGAUCACAAGAGAGCCUAGGAAGAUUGUCUUGCAUCGGGGCUCCACAGGAUUGGGUUUCAACAUUGUAGGAGGAGAGGAUGGAGAGGGAAUCUUCAUCUCCUUCAUCCUAGCUGGAGGGCCUGCAGAUCUGUGUGGAGAACUGAGGAAAGGAGACCGUAUCACUUCUGUAAAUGGGGUGGACCUCCGCAGUGCGACUCAUGAACAGGCGGCUGCUGCACUGAAGAAUGCUGGGCAGACAGUCACCAUUGUGGCUCAGUACAGACCUGAAGAGUACAGUCGAUUUGAAGCCAAAAUCCAUGAUCUACGGGAACAGAUGAUGAACAGCAGCAUUAGUUCAAGUUCCGGCUCUUUGCGGACUAGUCAGAAGAGGACCCUGUAUGUCAGAGCCCUGUUUGAUUAUGACAUUACGAAAGACUCAGGCCUGCCCAGUCAGGGGCUGAACUUCCGCUUUGGCGACAUCCUACACGUCCUGAACGCCUCAGAUGAGGAGUGGUGGCAGGCACGGCAUGUGACUCCAGAUGGCGACAUGGAGGAGAUGGGCGUCAUUCCCAGCAAAAAGAGGGUGGAGAGAAAAGAGCGGGCCAGGUUAAAGACGGUCAAAUUCAACUCUAAAUCUCGAGACAAAGUGUGUGCCAAUCCGAAAAUCAGUCACUCAAUGACAAGCGUAAAAAGAACCUCUUUUCACGAAAAUUCCCUUUCUACAAGAACAAGGACCCAAGCGAGCUGGAAACAAGUGAUUUGGACCGACCUGAGUGAUGACAAAGGCUUGAAGCAUAUCACUUCUAAUGCCAGCGAUAGUGAAAGUAGUUACUGUGGGCAGGAAGAAUUUGUUCUGUCUUAUGAGAAUGUCACGCAACAGGAAGUGUGUUACAGUCGUCCAGUGAUUAUUCUUGGACCCAUGAAAGACCGGAUCAACGAUGAUCUGAUCUCAGAAUUUCCCGACAAGUUUGGAUCGUGCGUUCCCCACACGACUAGACCAAAGCGAGACUAUGAGGUCGAUGGCAGAGACUACCAUUUUGUUACAUCACGGGAGCAAAUGGAAAAAGACAUUCAAGAACACAAGUUCAUUGAGGCCGGCCAGUAUAACAACCACCUUUACGGGACAAGUGUACAGUCAGUACGAGAGGUUGCAGAGAAGGGCAAACACUGCAUUCUGGAUGUCUCGGGCAAUGCUAUCAAACGACUCCAGUUAGCACAGCUCUACCCAAUUGCUGUGUUUGUGAAACCAAAAUCAGUGGAGAAUAUUUUAGAGAUGAACAAGAGGUUGUUGGAGGAGCAAGGGAGAAAGACAUAUGAGAGAGCCAUGAAACUGGAACAGGAGUUCCUUGAGCACUUCACGGCCAUUGUUGAAGGGGACACAUUGGAAGAGAUCUACAACCAGGUCAAACAAGUCAUCGAGGAGCAGUCAGGGCCGUACAUUUGGGUACCAGCCAAAGAGAAAUUGUGAGAAGGCUCAAGACAAAUAAACCUUACUCUACUUUAAACAUUUUUUGUAUUCUUUUUUUCUUUCUGUCUUCUUUUUUAUACCAACCUGGCCUGCUGCUUGCAUUGGCUCUCUGACCCCCAGGCAUAAGAAAUACAUGUUUUCUUUGGACGGGAUUGGGGUCACGGUGGACUUACAGCCACCUCACACUCUUUGAGACUGCUGUCUAGAACUCGCAUCCCAGUCUCCGCAUUUCAUCCUCCAAUGGGAGGAUAUAUGCCUGACCAGCGACUUACUGGACAGAUUUUACGGUACAGAUUCCUUAAUGUUUAAGGGAGGUGACUUUCUCGAAGGAAAACAAUAAGUUAAUGCAUUAAAUACAUUUUGGUUGCUGUCGGUUUGUUUCUCCCCCCCAUUUGAACAGAAGUCAACGCUUCAUGUGUCUGUACACUUGGAAAAGACAUGAAGCAACACUUUGCACGUUUUAGCAUUAUGAGCAUGUUUUUGGCUGUUAUUUUUCAGUUAACAUAUGUUCUCAAGUUUUUGUCACAGAUUUGAGCUACGUGAACUACAGCCACCAUAUUACUUUUGCUUUCUCUUUUAUCUUGUAAGAUCAAGCAGCCCAUUCAUUUACGCAGCUGAUCUGUUUAACCACAGGUACACAAAGAGGACAAAAACAGUUGGCACAAAGAUUAUUCUUUUUCUAUAUUAAAUGUCUAUUUGUCUUAAAGAUCUGUGUACAUUUUAAUCAAGGUGCAUACGAGAGUAGCUUUUAGUUGAGGUGACAAAAGGAACGGCUUACAAUUACCGCUAACGAUUAUGAUUAAAAUCCAGGUGAUGACAUAUUCUAACUUCAAGAAACCAAUGCAAAUAAGAGAGUAUAAAUUGUAAUGUAUAUUCUUCAACCCUCAGUAUACUGCCUAUUUUGUUAUAAUAAAAGUCUAUAUUGAGCUUUAAUUAAACUACACCUAUGGGAACUAUUUUCUUUAUAAUGUCAAACAUACAUGCAUGUGAAAAUGUGUGUAUGUACAUAAAAAUAAAUAUAAAUAGAUAUAUAUAUUUUCCUUUAAUUUACCACCAUCUAUUUUAUUGUUUAUGGUUUGUUGUUUUGCAAAGCACACCGAAACACAGGACUUCUGGACUGAAUGAUUGCAUUCCAUUGCAUCUGGUCAAACGAUGUGAAAUCUUAAAUUGGCAGUUUGUAUUCUGUAACCCUCUCUCCUAAUGUAGUUAUAUUUACUUUUCAAUGUGACAUGCAUGAUUUCUAAAAGCAAUAGUCUUUAACACAUUAAAUAUGAGUAUAAAGCUGAGGAGAGGGCUUCUCUUUUGGUUCUCACCUGGGAUUGUGAAAAUGAAAGUUAGCAUGAAAUGUAAAUGUUAGAGGCUCAUAGACUCUUGCCUCCAUGUAUGUGAAUUUGUUGAUUGCCCAUAGCUGAAGAGAGAUUUGCUUUGCCACUCUCUAACACAAGCCUUUAACUCUCCACCAGGGGGCGCACUGACAGCAUUCCCAUUUUCAUUUUUAAGUUAUCGGAGAUGAUUGUUUUCUUAAAGAUUGCUUCUCUAACAUGUUACUGUUGCUUUCUAACUCAUUUUUUGACUGGAUUAUAUGAAUAAUCUGCCAAUUUGAUUCAUUCCAUUUGUCAAAGAGGAGAACAGCUAAUUAAAAUACUUUUUCUCAUA